AUGGCGGAUUACACGCCGGAAGAGCAGUUUUCUUUGCUUAGUCAGCAGCUUCUUCUGCUGAACCAAGUUCCUCAGCAAGAUGAUGCUCCUACCUCCUUAGAAGCGGCGCCUUCUAAGCCGCGUACUCCUCUUGAAAAUCCGCAGAAUUCGCCAGCAGCAGUCAGAUGCAACGCUAGGGAUAAAAUCCCUUUAGGGCACACUUCUUUGGACAGCGGCGGGCCACUCGCUGAUGUGGCGUCCAUGGACUCGCAGGCCUUUUCACCAGUAAGGUCGGAGGUACAAGGCGCGACAAAUGUCAAGUCUCAGCGGAUUCAACAGAUGCAGAUGACACUUCUGGAACACCAGAGUCAGUUGCUCCGUCAAAGGGAGCAGUUGCAACAGCAGCAACGGCUGCUUCUUCAAAGGUCACAGGAACGCAAUGUUGCGCCACACAGCCUCGCUCAACUCUUUUCCGAUCUACAUGAGGCCCGGCAGCAGCAAUACCUACAGACACAACAGCGAACGGAUCACACGACAACGGCCCAUACGUCUGAUGCGCGUGCGGUGAGGCCAGGGUGGCGUCAUCACUGCAGUAAAUCGCCUAACAACGGGGGUGGGCUGCAGCAUUCGGUGCCCCUUUGCGUGGGCGAUGGCGUCGCAGGCUUGGGUGCGAAGCGUGAGGGAAAGCCUUCGGGAGAGCAACUCCAGGAGGCAGACCCCGAAUUAGAACAUCUUCACUUAGAGGAAUCCCAUGCCCAGAGCCAGCAGAAAAGGGGGGAGCCUCGUGGGCAGGGCUCAGCAGAUAGAAGGCGCCUACUCCGAAAUGCUGGGUUGCUCAAUGCCCGCGCGUUGUUGAGCUGCACGCUCGGCGCCCUUCGGUCCAGCAGGAGGGAUCCCAAGGAAGGCAGUACCGACGAGAGCUUUAGUGACAAAACCAUGCAAUGUGCUAAUGACAACGGGAGCCUGAGUGGAUGCCAGACAUAUUCUGAAGCGAGCGGAUUGUCUGCAUCAACCCCGACACCUUGGGGAGCUCGAAACAUUCCACAUGGGUCGACUGGGGGCAAAGUGAUACAGGUUCACGGCGAGCCUCUUCCUCUUACUGUUCUUUGCCCUGGCAUUCCUCCUGGGAAGCUAUGGCUGCACUGUCUGAGGGUGACCCUCCACGCCAGGCGGUGUGCCAUACGGACACGCCGCUACUGGAAGGCCCUGGUGCAUUUGUUCCCUCGCCGUAGUGCAUACUCAACAAUGGUUGUUUUGUCAGAGGAGGAUUUGAAAAAGUACAAAAGCAUCAGACCUCGAGGUCAUUCAUCGCAGGACACAACAGUUGCUAUAGGGUCCUGGCUUACCCCAAAGGAACCGUUUUGUGACCCAGGACUUUACUGCCUCAUCGAUGAACGAGGCCCGAUACUUGCAGCGUGGGCAGUUGCUCGAGGCAGGGAUGGGCGCUUGCGGCGUUGCUCAGCAGUGGUCGGUAAAACUGAAGUUGACGCGGCAGAUGAGGCCGUUGUCAAGAGAAAGCGCUCGAAGUCUACGGAGAACGCCUCAAAGUCGUACACUGCUGAGAGUUCCGGGGGAGAGUUUUCGAGGGGGAAGGAAUGCGUUGAAGCCGAAGGACUUCAGGCGCUGGAGAAGUGGUAUGUGAACGUAGCCAACGAGCCCCUGACGGAGCAACAAAUUCGAAGCCUCACUUUGGCGGAAUAUGCAUCGGCAUUUGGCGAGUAUGCCGACUGCCUAGUGAGCGCUCUACAGAGCCUUGUCGAAACCCGACAUGCCCCGUCAUAUGCAGGCAAGGCUUGUGAAGGCUGUGGGUGUUCCUGUAGCAUAUGUGUUGGCCAGCCAUGCCGUGUACGACUGGCUUGGCGGCAGCAUCUCAUGGCCUUCGAACUCGCGAUAGAUAAAACAGCGGCGGCACGUUCUCGUUCAGAUUCUUCUGGAGAGGAGUCAGUGGGAAGUAGUAGCCAUGGGACAGGACGGAACCGCACAGUCGCAACUUUGAGGAGUCGCAAGGGUCGGUGGGAGUGGUGUCGUAGGUGUCCUUUGGGGUGCCGCAUGCAGCUUCACUUGAUCCUUCAUGAACUAUACCAGCCGCUUUCGCUGACGAAACCAGGGCUGCGCAGCGCUCUUGCACAGAUGCUGAUGAGACUGAGGCGCUACGUGACACUGUCGCCGCUGGGCGUUGAGCUCCUGAUGCAACGCCUCGAACAGAUACGACUUAUCCCUGCUUCUGGAGCUGGCUUUCAAGAUGCUUUCUGUCAAGCGAAAGAAGGAGAUGAUGAUGAGUUGAAUGGAUCCAGUUGCAGUUGGGCAACACGGGACUGGGCCCAAGCUUGCUGGCACCGCAGGAAACAGCGCCUGCAAACGGACAGUACGGGCACUCUGAUUGGCAGCAACAAUCUCGACAGCAGCGUUGCUAGGCUUUCCAUGCUCUCAACAGCACUGUGGGAGACACCGGCAUCCAACUUAGGGGUAACGGAACCGGGAAUCUUAGCUGACGGCGGCGAACCAGAACGGGGAAAACAGCCGCAUAAAAGCAACAUUUCAGCCGACGAAUUGCAGGCAUUUGCUGACGGAAUGGCCAGACAGGACUGCUCCAGCAUAUUGGGUGGCGCUAGCAUUCAUACAUUACGGUUAGGAGGACUCCACGAUGUUGUGACGAAUCCUGACGAUGAAGAGGAAGGAGCUCGUAGCCCGCAGUACAGCUACCCUAUUUCGAUUGCGUCUUCGCAAGUGCCUUCUGCUUGCAGUACGCCCCCGCGGCAGUCAAGCCGGCCGCGCUUAGGUCGAUGCUUUGCCGUGCCGCGAAGUGCCCAUUCGCAGCAGGUUCAGGGGAGUGACGGGGCGUUCGGAUAUCUUUCAUCUGGACCACCAGAAGAAUGUGGACUUUCUGCUCACAGUGACGGUACUGGGAGAGCUGGUAGAGGCGGGACCAUAGAGAGAGAUGACUUGGGACGGCCUGGACAUGGAAGAGAUGGGCUUGGGGGUGAUGCCCUGGAUGCUUCUCCUCGUAGGAUUCGUCGCAUGCAACGAGCACGUUUGACACCAGAAGACCAGCAGACGGCAUCAGGACGCAGACGAGUGACGCCUCUGGUGCCCUGGUGGUGGGAAGAUUAUGUCAAGACGGGAGCCGGACAGGGUGCACCAAGGUCAGACUCAAGAGAUAGGAGAGGCGACGACGCUGCUUCGGACAGCUCGUCAUCUGUGAAUUCUACCAUCUCACUUGCAGCAUCACCCCACGUUUUUCGCAUACCUUGCGGAAGUGUGGUGGGCGCGCCACCCAGCACGAGCGCUGAGCACUGUUCUUGGCAGACCAAUGACACGGGAACAGGGGCCAUGCUGGCGCGCUUCACUGAAGCAGUUGACAGCCAAAGCCGCUCGCGACUGCAUAGCGGGACGGACCAGGCGAGCAGUGCUGUUGGAGACGACGACAUAGACCUGUCAGUCGAACUGAUUCAUGCAGCCGCCGAGCUGGUCGACAGCAUAGAAAGCUGGCCCGUUGAAUUUGGGGCGCAGCGAGCAGGAGAGGCUACUAAGGCCCAAAGCCACGGCGUUGUAUAUGGAGAGAGAACUGAUGGAGCGCCUUCGGAAUGCACCCUACCAACUUCCGAAGCAGCGACGCUUUCUGCUUGCGCUCCGGCCGGAAGGAAGGCGAAGCCUCCAAAAGGCCAUGAAGGAACCGCAUCGCCCAGCAACACUGAAGGCAUGUUGACAUUCGUUUCAGCAGUUUUAUCCACUCCCACAGACAAUGAGAUAGAUAGUCUUAAUGGAUUCGAGUUGCUGCAAGGCGCCCUGAGAGCUCUGCUUGGCUCGACAACUCCAGUUGAAGGAUCAGAGUUGAAGGCCAUCGAUUUCGUGGCGGAUGAACGGGCAUUGGAGAGGGUUACAGCUGCUCAACAAGGCAGCGGCUUGCCGGCGGAUCAUGCUGCUUCGGUAAUUCAGACGCCAGUAUUAGGUGCUGAUGUAGCGGAGGAUAGUCGAAGACGUGCAGCGGAGGCCCUAGUUGAGUCUGCUCAUCAUGGCGAUAACGCCCCUGUGUUGGACGCGAAUGCUACAACUCCGCUUCUUCGCUCCCUAGCCGCGUCAUCAGCUCCUGCUGUGGAAAGUACACAGGGCCAGUUGCUUGUGGACGACUUCUAUGCACUUCCAUUGCUGAAGGGUGCCGUUUGCUACCGGGAUGCGCAUGAGCCUUUCGACACGGACUACACGGACGUCCAGAUAAGACUGAAGCCUAUGAGAGCUUUUGGGCGAAGGCAAGAUCGCCACAGUCGUCAUAGGAGACGCUCAUGGAGACUUUCUUCGCAGAGUGCAGGCAGCUCGCCGCGCGGGAGCUCUCCUGCGCCUUCUCGCCCGCAAGCGACGACUGGACUUGGUUUGAGAAAGCCGAUUCAAGCGAGCACACGGGGAAGGGGCUUUGGGCCGUUGGCAGAACGGACAGGGACAGUGAAGAUUGGUGGUAGACGCGUGGUGGUUCGGACUGUUGAUGACGGGGCUGGUUGGGCGUCUCGGGAGCCGAGCGCUGGUGGCUUAUCGGAUUUUUCGCUCUCUCGGUGCAUCGAGCAACGAGCAAUGCAGGUUCUGUUUCAGAUGCAUCAGUUCAAGGCGGCGGCACUCCACAAAGCCCGGGUGCACACGAAGGCGCACCCCGCCACAAACGAGGACGAAGUCGGCCACCUCCGGGCGGACGGGGAGGCGCCUGCUUGGCUCGGCGAUGAUGAAGGGGGUGACAUUGAUAUGGAGCAACCAGAAGGUUUUACAGAACCUUCUGGAAACAGUGCAGGGAAAGAAGAAGCAAAAUCCACGGCCGCUGCUCAUUGA